GCAGAGGCGGCGCGGGGCCAUCGGACAUCUUGGGCCGCCCCGCAACGAGCGGGGAACGCCGCCGCCGCCGGGCCCCGGGGCGGGAGCAGCCCGACAGCCUCCGCGCCUCCCGCCUCGCCCACCCCGGCGCCGGCUGCCACCCCCGCCUCCUCCGCGCCGCUCAGAGCAUCCCUCCUCCCCUUUGCGUUUGUCUUAAUUCCUCUCAGAGACAAGAUGGCAACGCCGGCGGCGGUAAACCCUCCCGAAAUGGCAUCCGAUAUUCCCGGCUCGGUGGCCUUGCCGGUGGCACCAAUGGCGAGCGGCCAAGUGAGAAUGGCAGGGUCCAUGCCUUCCAGAGGAGGAAAGCGACGCUCCGGAAUGGAUUUCGAUGAUGAAGAUGGGGAAGGACCCAGCAAAUUUUCAAGGUAUGAUGGUGAUCAAAUAUCUGGUGAUAAGGAAAAGUUUGCAAGGGAGAAUCAUAGUGAAAUUGAGAGACGCAGAAGAAAUAAGAUGACGCAGUACAUCACGGAACUGUCCGACAUGGUGCCCACUUGUAGCGCGUUGGCUCGUAAGCCUGACAAGCUGACAAUUCUUCGCAUGGCUGUUUCACACAUGAAAUCAAUGAGGGGCACUGGGAACAAAUCUACUGAUGGAGCUUACAAGCCUUCAUUUCUUACGGAACAGGAACUGAAACAUCUUAUCCUGGAGGCUGCAGAUGGGUUCCUGUUUGUGGUUGCAGCUGAGACCGGGAGAGUCAUCUACGUAUCAGACUCAGUGACUCCUGUGCUCAACCAGCCGCAGUCCGAAUGGUUUGGCAGCACGUUGUAUGAACAGGUUCACCCAGACGAUGUGGAAAAGCUACGGGAGCAGCUGUGUACAUCUGAAAACUCUAUGACAGGUCGAAUCCUGGACUUGAAGACUGGAACAGUAAAGAAAGAGGGUCAGCAGUCCUCAAUGAGAAUGUGCAUGGGAUCAAGACGCUCUUUCAUUUGCAGAAUGAGGUGUGGAAAUGCUCCUCUGGAUCACUUACCUCUGAACAGAAUAACCACCAUGAGGAAAAGAUACAGGAAUGGCCUUGGCCCAGUAAAAGAAGGUGAAGCACAGUAUGCUGUUGUCCAUUGCACUGGCUACAUCAAGGCUUGGCCACCAGCAGGAAUGACUAUACCAGAAGAAGAUGCUGAUGUGGGACAAGGUAGUAAAUACUGCCUCGUGGCAAUAGGAAGGCUUCAGGUAACCAGCUCUCCGGUGUGCAUGGACAUGAAUGGCAUGUCAGUCCCAACUGAGUUCUUGUCGAGGCACAACUCUGAUGGAGUCAUCACCUUUGUUGACCCCAGGUGCAUCAGCGUCAUUGGCUACCAGCCCCAGGAUCUUCUUGGGAAAGACAUUUUAGAAUUCUGCCAUCCUGAAGAUCAAAGCCAUUUGAGAGAGAGUUUCCAGCAGGUUGUGAAACUGAAAGGUCAAGUCCUGUCUGUGAUGUACCGUUUUCGUACCAAAAACCGGGAAUGGAUGCUGAUCAGAACCAGCAGCUUCACUUUUCAGAAUCCUUACUCCGACGAGAUUGAAUACAUCAUCUGCACCAACACUAACGUAAAGCAGCUUCAGCAGCAGCAAGCAGAACUUGAAGUACAUCAAAGAGAUGGGCUGUCAUCCUAUGAUUUAUCUCAGGUGCCUGUUCCAAGUAUACCAGCCAACGUUCAUGAGGGUGGAAAGUCUGUGGAAAAGCCGGAUGCUAUCUUCUCCCAGGAGCGAGAUCCUAGAUUUGCUGAGAUGUUUGCUGGAAUAACUGCUUCAGAUAAAAAAAUGAUGGCCUCAGCAUCCACAGCAGGAAAUCAGCAGCUGUACUCACAGGGAAGCCCAUUUCAGCCAGGACAUUCAGGAAAGAGUUUCAGUUCUUCUGUGGUGCAUGUGCCUGGUGUGAACGACAUCCAGUCUUCUUCAUCAACAGGCCAGAAUCUGACACAGAUAUCUCGCCAGCUAAAUCAGAGUCAGGUUGCCUGGACAGGAAAUCGUCCACCAUUUCCAGGACAGCAAAUUCCAUCUCAGUCUGGCAAGGCUCAGUCAUCUCCCUUUGGCAUUGGAACAAGUCACACCUACCCGGCGGAUCCAUCGUCGUACAGCCCUCUGUCCAGCCCAGCCACCUCUUCUCCGAGCGGGAAUGCCUACUCCAGCUUAGCAAACCGAAGUGCAGGGUUCGCUGAAGGCGGUCAGAGCAGCAGCCAGUUCCAGGGGAGGCCAUCCGAAGUCUGGUCCCAGUGGCAGAGCCAGCAUCACAACCAGCAGAGCGGAGACCAGCACUCGCACCCGCAGCCCAGCCAGACCGAGGUGUUCCAGGACAUGCUGCCAAUGCCGGGGGAUCCAACACAGGGUACUGGCAACUACAACAUAGAAGAUUUUGCUGAUCUGGGCAUGUUUCCACCGUUUUCUGAAUAGCUCGUGAAGCAGAAAUGGAAGCUCUUCUUCAAGGCCAUCUCAGUAUAUUUUUGGCUCUGCUUUUUCUGUGUUGCAUUUCUGUAGAAGCUACUAAACCAGAAGAUGCAUUUCUCAUAUUUCAGAUAGUGGUGCAGGGCUUGUUCUCUCCUCCAUGGGGUGCGUUAGUGCUGACAGAGGAGCUCCGGCCCUUGUUAGUGUUCAUUGACAGCUCCAUUAGUUUUUUUAUUUUAUCAUCAUCUACCUCAGAGAUGAAAAACUUCGUUUGAUUUUAAAAAAAAGUAAAUCUCUGAGUCUUAAAUAUUUGAAUGUGAAUGAUACCUAAUAUUUCCUUUGAAUGGUAAUUUUUAAAUAGAUAACGCAGUAACAAAGAUAACAGAGAAAAGGUAAGGUAAUGUAUUGUUGCAGUGCCUACCACUCAAUUUCGAUGCCUUGCUUUAAGCUUAAGUUUCUGGAAGCAGAAUAUUCUGUUUUCUUUAAUUCUUGUAGAUUUUAGGUCACUUUAAAUGUGAGAUUAAGCGACAUAAUGUAGGCCUCUCUCACCAGAAGAUUCAGCUCUACCUUUUCUAACUUAAACUUGAAUGUGUGUACAUUUUGGUACUUUAUGUAUAUCUUGUGCUGUAUGAAGUGAUUUCCUGUACUGGUUUCUUUUGCCUUUUAAUAUGGUCUAUUCUGGAGUGUACUGAGAAGGCUGACAAUAUGUGGAGGCUUUAGAUAUUGCAGGAGUCUCCAUCACUUCACGUAGUGUUCUUACUUUUAAUUCAGGUGGUUCUCUAUUCAGAACAGCCAUUUACUUACAGAAGCUAUUAGUCUGUUUUUGCACUGAAUUGAGGCCUAUAUAACUCUACGUAUUUCUCACUGGCUGCUUUAAUUUCGAUUGUUCUUGCUUUCCCAAAAAUACUGCCUCAUAAAAAUGACUGUAAACACAUCAAGAUUGCAGUUUCUAUAUUAGCUGUAUUUCCUUUCUGUGAAGUACUUUUUAUACUGUGAAACCUCACAUAUUUUAGCAGUGCAAGGUGGUGGCCUAUUACAGUGAAAUCAUUCAAGCUCAUCUGCUGCAAGCAGUGAGAUGGUUUUGUAGUGUAUACUUUUUUAGAGUUGGUAAUGGAUAUCAGUUGGACUCUUGUCCACUGCGUACACAGUGAUAACUUGAAUUUUUGCUUGGAUUCCCAAGCAGUCACUUCAAUUAAACCCUGUUAACCCUUUUCUGUUAAAUACUGAGUUUUCACCUUACAAAGUGUUUUGAGGACUGGCUAUUCUGAAUGCUGUGUGCUUUUCCCCAGACGUAAGUUCAUCAUCCUUCCUCUAGAGCUAGUCAUCUGCCAUAUCCAUUCAUCACAAAUGUGCUAGAAUGUUUUUUAUUUGUCAUCUCAUACAUAUGAUGAGUUACAAGAGACUGGGUUCGUAAGCUCAACCUUUUCAUCCAUUUCUUUUGGGGUGGGAGAAGGAAUUGCCCAAAAAGGACAAGGAGCCUGGAGUUCCUGCAUGCAGGUUUUAUGCAACCUUUGAGGUUGAAAGGUGGAAGCGAGCCUUUGGGAAGGAGUAGGGUGAGCUUCCCAGAGCCUUUGCUAUAUUCACGAGCUAUCAUGGACCUUGAAAUACGAACUCCCUUCUAAGAUCCCAGUGUCCACAGCCCCCCAUCUAGAUCCUGACGUCCACAGCAAUUCAUAGACUUCACAGCACUACGGUCCAGCUUCUCCUAGCUCCUCUUGAAUCAUGGGUUGUGUUCCAAUGGGAAGGACUGUGUACAUUACUGUAGUCCAUUUUGCCAGGAUAACAUCUUGGAAAGGCGGGCAGGCCCCUGUCCUGCAGCUUGCCCUGGCAUCAGUGCUGAAAGGCAGUGGAGGCUGCUGGGCCAGCAGGGACACAGGGACCAUGGGGUGUUUUUCCACCUGACUUUGCUUCCCCAGCCCUCAGGCAGAACAGCAUGUAGUUUUCAGUAUGCAGGAGGAGCCUUUUGUACUUUCUCUCUUGUCAAGUCUGGGACCAAUCUCUUACCCUACGUGCAAAUGGGGCAAGAGACACUCUUUUUUAGGAAAUUUUUUAAUAUAUGUAGAUGCAGUAUUGCAGAGGCCUCAGGUCUCCUGGUCUGUACUUGCCUCACCAAAAUCACACUGAAAACAAACAAAAAAAUCCUAUCUCUUCUCACCCAGAGAUAGGGAAAGUACCUUCUUAGGUGAGCAAGCCAUGCACUUACGCACAAUUCAUUUGAAUACAUGAAUGUUAUUUCUCUUGGAGCCUUCUCCCUUUCCACCCAUGCUGCUUGAGAGAAUGGCUGUUUGCAGAAUUACAUAAACGAAGCUCUGCUGUCCUCAGAGAGAAGCUCACUGUUUCUGAUAAAGAUAACCUGGUGCAGUGUGGGCUGGGGGGAGGCAGGGUCAGCAUUUGCGCACUUCGGUAGGGAGCAGCAGUCUAUAGAAUCAGAUCACGAGGGAGAGAGCAGCAGAUGAGCAGUUUCUAUCUCUGUGCAGAAGAUGCUGGAGAUGAUACAUUUUGGUUCUUCUAGAAUUUUUAAAAAGCAUUAGCCUGCAAAGUGAAAAAUGAAUCAAAAAAUGCUAUUGCUCUGUUUUAUUUUACCCGACGGACGGUUCUAAGAAUAUUUAUAAUUUGUUCUUGUUCCUGAAUUCAAUCUAAAAAUAAGAUGUAUGCAGUUGUGUUUAUCCUAAUAUCAGCAGUGAUGACGCCAUCCUAGAAUCACAGAGUGGCUUAGGUUGGAAGAGACCUCAAAUAUCACCCGGUCCCAACCCCCUGCCAUGGGCUGGGUGCCCCCAGCAGACCAGGCUGCCCAGGGCCCCAUGCAACCUGCCCUUGGGC